UGAGAUUAAUUUUUAAUUUCGUGGCUCAUUGUUCACUUUUCCAACAACACUGUAAUCAUUGAAGACCUUUAGUCAUGCCUAUCAAAAAUUUCUGCUCGUGGAUUCAGGAGAGGGAAACACCAGCCCUCAGUGUCGUUUUCCACGUUACCGCCGUGGGGGCGACGGGGCGAACUUUGUUCCCACGACUUCCGUGGUCCUGGUGGUCCCUCUCCGUAGGGUACCGAGCACUUCCGCUUGAGGCGGGCGAGACUGCGGACCGAGUCCCCUGGCUUUCUGGGAAGUGUAGUCCACAGGUCCCGCAGAGUCGCGGACACUUCCGCCUGGGCGCCGCCGGGGCAGGGGAAUUCUGGGAAGUGUAUUUCCAGCGUUGCGCUUCCUCCCUGGGCGCCCAGGUGACCGUCUGCGCUCCCUGCUCUGUGACACUCCCAGGCACAGUUCUGCCUGCCAGGACUCUCCAUAUCUCAGCCAGGACCUACAUUUGCAGAAGUAAAAAGACAAGAAUGACGACACUUAAGGAGGAAGUGACGUUCCAGGACGUGGCUGUGGUCUUCACGGAGGAGGAGCUGGCGCUGCUGGACCCGUCCCAGAGGAAGCUGUACCGAGACGUGAUGCUGGAGAACUUCCGGAACCUGGUCUCAGUGGGAUAUCUUCCCUUCAAACCAGGUAAGGCAACCCAGUUGGAGGCAGAAGAAAACCUUUGGAUGAUGGAAAGAGAAACUCAAAGAAAUGGGAAUUCCAGGGAGAACCACAUGGCUGUUCUUUCAGGCAGCAAGAACCAGAAUGAGGUGGAGAUUCUUCAGAAAGUUGCAUUAAAGUACCUUUCACAUGAAAAGCUAUUCUGGCAAAUCUGGAGACAGAUUGCAAGUGAUUCAACCAGGUGUCCUCAGAGGGAGAGCUCCCGGUUACUACAAGGCAGUUCUGAUCAGACUUCUGGGAGUGGGAGCGGCGUGGUGAAAUGUAAAGGAGAUGGCUCCUGUUGUGUUGAAAAUCAAGACUGUUUCCAUGUCGAGGAUGCUUGUGGGAAUAUACACCUGAGCGAGUCACAGAAUCAGAAUGGAGGUAAACAAAGUCAUGUGAAAGCUAACCUGCAUGCCUGCGAAGCUGUGAAGAAAUCACUACUUAGUGAUCAUAUUAAAAUUCACACAGAACAGAAACCCUACAAAUCUAAUGACUGUGGGAACAGCAUGAGCGAUGGCGUCAGUCAGCAUUUACCCUGCAGAGAGGAGCUGCAUCUCUGUAGUGAGUGUGGGAAGGGCUUCAGUUACAGCUCACGGCUUUCAAGUCACCAGACUGCACACCCAGGAGGGAACUGCUUGGCUCAGAACUCACACCUGCAGGCUCCUCAGAGGAUUCACCCAGGAGAGAAACUCUCGAAAUGUCAUGACUCCGGUGAUUGCUUCAAUGAGAGUUCCUUUCCUUCUCAUUCUAAUGCAGGAGAAAAGUCCUAUAGAUGUGACAGCUGUGGCAAGGGAUUCAGUAGCAGCACAGGUCUCACCAUUCAUUACAGAACUCACACUGGAGAGAAACCUUACAAAUGUGAGGAGUGUGGUAAAUGCUUUAGUCAGAGUUCAAACUUCCAAUGUCAUCAGAGAGUCCACACUGAAGAAAAGCCAUACAAAUGUGAAGAGUGCGGCAAGGGCUUCGGUUGGAGUGUUAAUCUUCGUGUUCAUCAGAGGGUCCACAGGGGUGAGAAACCCUAUACCUGUGAGGAGUGCGGGAAGGGCUUCACUCAGGCCGCCCACUAUCACAUCCAUCAGAGGGUCCACACUGGGGAGAAACCUUAUAAGUGUGAUGUCUGUGGUAAGGGCUUCAGUCACAAUUCACCAUUAAUAUGCCACCGGAGACUCCACACUGGAGAGAAGCCGUACACAUGUGAGGUGUGUGGGAAAGGCUUUACUCGCAAUACAGAUCUUCACAUCCAUUUUCGGGUUCACACGGGAGAGAAACCCUACAGAUGUAAGGAGUGUGGGAAGGGCUUCAGUCAGGCUUCCAAUCUUCAAGUCCAUCAGAACGUCCACACGGGGGAGAAACGAUUCAAAUGUGAAACUUGUGGGAAGGGCUUCAGUCAGUCUUCAAAGCUGCAGACCCAUCAGAGAGUCCACACUGGGGAGAAACCCUACAAAUGUGAUGUGUGUGGAAAGGGCUUCAGUUACAGUUCCAACCUUAAACUGCACCAAGUAAUUCACACGGGAGAGAAGCCAUACAAGUGUGAGGAGUGUGGGAGGGGCUUUAGUUGGAGAUCAAAUCUUCACGCUCAUCAGCGAGUCCACUCGGGGGAGAAGCCUUAUAAAUGUGACAAGUGUGAUAAGAGCUUCAGUCAGUCCAUCGAUUUUCGGGUCCAUCAGAGAGUCCACACUGGAGAGAAACCGUACACGUGUGGUGUGUGUGGGAAGGGCUUCAGUCAAUCCUCUGGCCUUCAGUCCCAUCAGAGAGUCCACACUGGGGAGAAGCCAUACACAUGUGAUGUCUGUGGCAAGGGCUUUAGGUACAGCUCACAGUUUCUAUACCAUCAGAGAGGCCACACUGGGGAGAAACCUUACACAUGUGAGGAGUGUGGGAAAGGCUUUGGCAGGAGCUUGAAUCUUCGCCAUCAUCAGAGGGUGCACACGGGAGAGAAGCCCCAUAAGUGUGAGGAGUGUGGUAAGUCCUUUAGUCUCCCCUCAAAUCUUAGAGUCCAUCUGAGUGUUCACCUUAGGGAGAAACUAUUUACAUGUGAGGAGUGUGGGAAGGGCUUCAGUCAGAGUUCACGUCUUCAGGCCCAUCUGAGAGUCCACACUGGAGAGAAACCGUACACGUGUGACGUAUGCGGGAAGGACUUCAGUCACCGCUCACGUCUCACUCACCAUCAGAAAGUCCACUCUGGCAAGAAUCGUUAAGAAUGAGAAAUGUGUUCAUGCUUCCAGUCAGGUUGUACAUCUAGUUUUUGGAGAGUCCAUGCUGGGGAUAAAACACUAUAAAGUUUUGAGAGUGGAAAGGGGUUUUAUAAAUAUUUCUCUUUUCCGAGACCAGCACGGCUAGAGAGUGGACAGGAGUCCUGAGUAGGGGCGACAGGGGAUUGAGAAAAUGAAAGAGACACAAAGACAGUAGGAAAGCUGGGACCGGGUGGGACAGCUGUCCUCUGAUGGAGAGACAGGGACCCAGAGCCGAUACAGUGCAUUUAUUUUAUACAGUAAGAUACCAGGAAGUUUUACCAAAGUUUAAGAUAAAGUAUGUGCAUUCUUGUGGCUUCUUUGUAAUCACUUCUGGAUGGGCUGGAUAAUCAUGUUUGUUCCUGGUGCCUGGCUGGAUUUAGAUAAUGAAAUCCACCCCCUGGUGCCUGAACUAAAGGUCAGACUGACAGCACACCUGCCUCUGGCAAGGUAUGUUUCCAGGGCAUGGCUCUGCCAGGCUCCACUGGAUUCAGACAAUUGUCAUCUCAGGGGCCUUUCCCAGGCGCUCUCUACAGGGUUUCUUCACUUGGAAUCUAAUAAAUCCAGGAAUAGGACUGAUAUUCAGGGAGAAAUAUGUUGUAACCCUCUUGGUAAAAUCCAGUUGAUGUAAAUGAUCUUUCAAAAUGAGUGCAUGCCAAAAAAGAAGGUGUGAAAAGGAUUAUUUGCCAUAUACAAUCUAGUUUGGGGGCUAUCAGGGAAGGUUUUGGAUUAUUUUCUCAUUAACUUCCAAUUUAUAUGUAUUUACAGUGACCAUUAUUUUUUUUACUAAAGCUUAAAAGGUAUGAAAAAUGAAAUGAAUAAAAUAACUAACUAAAAAUUACCUAUAGUCAAGGACUCAUAAUAUGAUUGCUUUAUUUCAUACAGUAUAUUGGAUUAAAAUUAAAGAAUUAUCCCCAGAGGUGAAUCUUUGCUCUUCAGAAGUGAAUUUGUGUUUGCAAUGUUCAUGUAUAUGAACAUUAAUUGCAUUAUUGAUUAUAAACACAAACAUAGAAAUAAUCAUUGAUUGUCAAAGUGUUUUACAAUUUAUUGAUCCAGAGGAACACUAUGCAAACAUCAAAUGGGAGAAGGUAAAUUUGUAGUAAAAGAUGUUGGAUGAUGUCCAGAAUAUAUUCAUUUGGAAAACAAA